AUGGUUCGCCACUCGCAACUCAACGCCGCAGUUCCAGGUAUCCCCUUCUUUACACCAGCACAGGAUCCGAGUACAGGAACUGCAAAAAAACUUGAACCAAACACUCCGACAAUCUUUCGUCCCCUCAAGAUCCGCGGCGUCACGCUACGAAAUCGGAUUUGCGUGUCCCCUAUGUGUCACUACUCGUGUGCUGCAAGUGGACCGCAGACGGGUGUUCUGACUCCUCUGUACCAUACUACCAUCGGCCACUAUGCCUUCCGAGGGGCGGCGCUGGUCAUGCUGGAAGCAACUGGUGUUACGCCCAAUGGUCGUAUCAGCGUCAAUUGCCCUGGAAUCUGGAACGAUGCGCAGAGAGAUGCCCUCAAGAACCUGGCAGACUUUGUGCACUCCCAGGGAGGUCUUAUAGGGUUGCAACUUGGCCACGCCGGAAGGAAGGCUAGCACUCUGGCGCCGUGGGUUGCCACUCGUAUGGGACAGGGAAGUGCUAGAGCUGAUGAAUCUCAAGGCGGGUGGCCUGAUGACGUUGUUGGGCCAUCCGGAGGCUCGGACUUUGUCUGGGAUGGAAAGUCUAGUCAAGAUUCAAAGGGAGGGUUCUGGGAGCCCAGAGAGAUGAGCAUCGAUGACAUCUCCGAUUUGGUCAAAAGCUUUGCGAAAGCAGCAGAACGAGCUGUCUGGGCCGGUGUAGAUGUACUGGAGAUUCAUGUUGCACACGGUUAUCUCCUUCACCAAUUCGUCAGUCCCAUCACGAAUCAGAGGAAAGACAAGUAUGGCGGUAGUUUCGAGAACCGCAUACGGCUGAUUCUUGAGAUCAUCCAAACUGUUCGAGGUGUUAUCCCUGUAUCCAUGCCUCUGUUCGUGCGAGUCAGUGCGACCGACUGGAUGGAAAACUCUACCCUGGGCAAGACCCUAGGAAGUUGGGAUGUUCCCAGCACGAUCCGCCUCGCAAAGCUUCUCCCCGACCUGGGCGUUGAUGUCCUCGAUGUCAGCUCCGCAGGCAACCAUCCACAAGCCGCUCACAGCGUGUUUGACGCCGGAAAAGAGCAAGCUACCAUUGCCGCGAGGGUGAAGGGGGCACUGGAAAAGGCAGGUAAACGGAUGAUUAUAGGUACUGUCGGUGAGAUCACGGAUGCUUUCCGGGCUAGAGACUUGGUUCAGGAGGGCACUGCGGGUAGCGUUGACCUGAUUUCGGUUGGUCGACAGUUUUUGAAAGAGUCGGGUUGGGUUCUAAAGGCUGCUCAGGAAUUGGGUGUGGACGUGGCUUGGCCGCAGUUCAUUUCGCGACCUCAGAUAACUCAAAUAUUUACAAAGCUCUGA